GGCUUUGCAUUGACCUUGUUAUCGAAACCACAUAUGCUGUUGUGUAGUUCAGCUGAGGCUAUUUCCAGCCGCACUGCUCGUAAAUCAAUAAAUUAUGCCUCACCUCCUCACUUAUACUCAUUCACUGCAAACAUUGCGUCUAUUAAAACCGGCAGUGCCUAGUGGUAACGUACUAUUGGCAGAUAACUGGAAUAUAGCACUCCUCAUAACAUACCGUUCAUCGUAAAUCUCGAGGGGUCGUUAUACUAGGUAGAUCAGCUGAGUCACACCUCGUCAAGGCGACUGGCUUGACGAGAGGACUUGAGACUUGACAUUGGAUAGGUAAUGUCUUAUCACGGAGCUAGUUGCCCGCCGCCGCUCCCACCCAGGAGUCCUAGGCCGGCCGGGAACGAGUCCCCUCAUUCUGGGAGCUACCCGAACUGGAACUAUCUGCCGCCUCCGUCUGGACCCCCUCCUCAAAGUCCGGGUUACCUACCGGAUCCUCAACCUCCACCAAUCCCUCCAAGGCCACCUGGCUAUGAGAUUGUUGCCGCACAACAAAGCUCAACCCAACAGCCCAUACUAAGCUUCCCAAUUCCUCCACCGCCUCCGGGACCUCCUCCAGUAACAGCAACGUCAACCUCUACUAGCUAUCCGGCACAUCCUUAUACACCUAGCCAAAGCCAAGACUACCGAUAUUCUUAUAUACCGCCGACAAGUCCUGGGGUCCAGGAUUAUCACGGUUUGACCACCAUUCCACCACCUCCUCCGGGUCCGCCUCCUCCAAAUAAUAGUUCCCUGAGCCCAUAUAACCCGGCUUCAUUCCAACAAUAUCAACAUGUUCCGCAGAAACCAGUCAUAAGCCAUGAUUCACAGCCAUCUACCGAUAUGCCCGCGACUUAUACGCCGAAUUAUGUACCUCACGCCACUCCAAAUGCAGCCCCUAUUCCACCGCCUACCUCAUAUGCUUCCCCUCUGUAUACACCCCCAGAAGAGGCACCUUGCAACCAGGCGCCAGAGACAUCGUAUCAUACGUUAACAUCGAACCCGCAAUCACCCAACCACGGAUCGCAUUUCACUCAUCCCCCAGUCACGCCAACGUCUCCCGAAGACUUGGAGGCUCGGUUCCAAUCUCUAUCAGUAGAAAAUCCGCCAGUGCCCAGCCCACAACCUACUACCUCAUAUCAGGGUGUAUCAGCUCAGCGACCAAAUUCGAACCAUUUGCAAAAUGCAUCUCCACCCGCCAUCCAAACACCUCAAUCUGGCUACCAGAGUUAUGAACGACCCACGGAAAUCUAUCCCGAUACCAGGUAUUCCGCCAGGAUAAAUCCGCCGGCACCUGCACCACCCGCAGUAACGUCCUGUAUCGACACCCCGAUGGCAUUCGCGACAACCUGGUACUGGCACCCGAAAGCGUCCGAGUUCCAUAUUUGUUCACGGUGUUAUGUCGACCAUAUCCACGGCACUAGAUUCCAAAACUCCUUCCAGAGUAAGAAAUUCGACGAUGGUGGGGCACGUAUAUGUCGAUUCAGCAAGCCAAGGAUGAAGGACCACCUCUUCAAAGCCGCGCUCUCAAGCGGCUCCCUGGAUUUGGCACUAGAUUGGAUGCGUUCCCGUCUACAAAUACCGGAUUGCAAGGGUACGGAUGGUGUGAAGGGAAGCGCUGGUGUUAAAUGGUAUAGAGCGAAAUCGAAUGCUAUCCCCGGUUUCGUGACCUGUGAGGCGUGUUACGAAGAUCUUAUUCUAACCAGUCAAUUAUCUACCAACUUCGAGCCCACACAUCCGCAUCCCGUGGGUGAAACAUGGUCCUGCGACGUUGCGGUACCAUUCGUCGAAAAAGAAUUUGAGGCCAGAAGUAAACUUAAUGACUGGACUGGUUUCGCGAACGAGGCGAAAGCGCGCUUGUCGAUACCAGCUUGCCCGGGGCGCAAGGCCUUAACUUAUGAUAAGAAAUGGUUCAUACCUAAAGGCGGACCUAACGGAUUAGUUUUCUGCGCUGGGUGUUACUGCGACAAAGUGAUCCAUUCAGGCGAAGAAAAGAAUUGGGAGGUUGCGGAGAGCUAUACACGUUCAGCCGACAAAUACGUGCAAUGUGGGAUGAGCAUCUUCAGCAUUAAAAUGGCCAUGGCAAGCGCGCAAGAUUCUAAAAAUUUCUCGAUUUUCUGGACAGCUGUGCAUAAACUCAGUCAUGAGAAAUUCUGCGAAGACGACGGUAUUGAAGAUGGGAUCUGGUACACAUUACCCUCGGACCCCAAAAACUUCGGUAUAUGCGCUGGCUGUUUCGUAGCGAUUGCCGAACCGCUGAACAUAGCGCAAUUCUUUAGGCGAAAAGGCGAUGCACAGCCCGCUGGAACGAAAUGGCGGUGCUGCUUCAGCGUUGCGAAUCCUCGUUUCGGACAAUAUAUCAAACAACUUCUGCAAUUGUAUUACACGCUUGAUCCGACGCCGUUUGAUAAUUUCGCUUCGGUUUAUUCGUCUGUACCGACAUGUCCGCGUGAUGAAGAUGCGAAAAAUAGGCGAUGGUUUGGAUGGUUGGAUUGCACCAUAUGCCCAGAGUGUCAUCACGGAUUUGCGCGACACACGGAGUUAGCAGCGAAAAUGGACCUUAAUGAUACGCUGCUGGAAAACUCGGUAAUGUGCGAAAUGUAUAGCCCGCGCAUGCGUAACUUGUAUAAGGAAUGCAGCGAGGCAUCGCCGCCGGAGCCAGUACCGCUUCUUACAUAUUCGGCGCAACGACGAUUAGUAUGGGCGGAAACAGUUCCGCAAAUGAAAAUGAUGUUGUUCAGGGCUAAGAUGGCGUUGAAACAGCAGAGAAUGCUCAAUAUCACCAGCUCAUAUUAUAACAUGGCUGGGAUGAUGCAGGAGAGCACGUAUGGGUCUUCAUAUUCGUAUGGUGCUGCUGGUGUGGGAUAUGGUUAUGCGAACAUGAAUCUGUUACAGGGCGCCAUGUACAGUCAACAAGCCCAGAACGUAUCUGCUAGUGUUACUAAUGGUAGCGCUGUGUUCGUUAUUGGACAGUUAGAACAACGCUGGAGGGCGGUUGAAUAGGGGAUAACAAUUAGCUUAUUAGU